UUGUUUUCGGUUGUGGUUUCUUUUGAGAGGGUUUUAUGUCUUCUUCUUCUUCUUCGUUACUCCUAUUCUAGAAGAGAAAGAGAGAGAGAGAGAACGAGAACGAGAGGAGUAAAACGAAACAUAAAAAACAGAGGAUGAUCGCGAAAUCAUCAUCCUAAAAUCUUCGAGAAAUUCUGAAGUCUGCGUAAAUUUGUUUGUUAAUUUCUCCAUUGUAGAGGUAGCUAUCCUUCUGAAUCAGAUCCGUGAAAGGGAUUGUCUGAGAGAUGGUGGUCAAGAGGAGGUUAAACUGUGGCUUUGAUUUCUCCGGUGUUCCCAAGGCUCCUCGUUCAACCAGGAGGAAGGUAUCAAGUGAGAGAGAUGACGUUGACAGUCAGCUCACUGCCUUUGAUUUGCUCGCUUCUCUGGCUGGAAAGUUGCUAGAAGAAAGCGAAAGCUCCUCAACGUCGACCUAUGGGGAUAGUCAAGAAGAUCAUCUGGUUGUAAAGAUCAAACAAGAACAUGAGCUUGUCUAUAAUGAUAAGCCUUGUAAAUCUGAGCUUUCCCAUCAAGGAAACCUUUCCUCAAAGUCGCCUAGUGAUAACACUAGCGAGACGUGUUUGCAAGUUUCCUCUUUGGAAAAUGAUUGCGUUUUAGAGCAGACGCCAGUUUCUGAUUGUAAGAUGGCUCUUGGUCUGAAGCAGCCUCUUUUAGGGUGCGGAAACAAGAAAGAGGAUUGUGCUGUCCUUGUUGAACAAGGAGAAGCGACCAAUGGCUUGGAAGACGGUGGCUUGAUCGCUGAUACUUUCAGCUUAAAGGGUCCAAGUCACGAAUCAGUCCACCUGGAUGGUGUGCCUAAUGGUUCUUUGGAAGGAUAUAGGAAUCAUUCUAAGUUAGCUUGUAGAGAUGAUGAUGAUGAAAACUAUUGUACAUACUAUAAAUUUGGUGACAAAUGUAAUAAGUCAUAUAGGCCUAUGACUCGUGUUGGAUAUCGAAGAAUCAAGAAGUCAAUGAUGACAAAACACGGUAGAGCAGUUUCCAGAUCGAAGUGCUUUGAAGACACUAGAACAGAUGGUUGUUUAAAGUCUCUAUACCGCAAGAGAAAAUUAUGUUAUGGCUACAACCCAUGGAAGCAUGAGACCGUUCAUAGGAAGAGAAGAUUAUCUGACAAAGGGUUAGUAGUAACUUCUGAUGGAGGACUCAGUAGUGAAAGUGUUACCAAUUCACCUCAGAAGGGAGAGUCAGGUACCUAUCUAUAUGACCCAGAUGCUUCGUUAUCUGGCUGGAGUGGUGGUGCUCAUGUUUAUUUUCAAUUGUUUGCAGUAAAGUUAAGCAUCAAGUCCUUUAGGAUUCCAGAGCUUUUUAUUGAAGUUCCGGAAACAGCAACAGUAGGCUCACUCAAGAGGACGGUGAUGGAGGCUGUCACUGCUUUACUCGGUGAUGGGAUACGUAUUGGGGUGUUAGUCCAAGGGAAGAAGGUUAGAGAUGACACCAACACUCUCUCACAGACUGGUCUCUCGUGUAGAGAGAAUCUAGACAACCUUGGCUUCACCUUGGAGCCUGGUUCCUCUGAAAAUCCUGUCCUUUCUUUGCCAACUGAUUCAACAAAUUUGUCAGAAAGGUCUUCAGCUUCUCCAGAGUUAAAUUCUAGAAUCCCUCUCAGUCUCCUACAUGCAGAUCACAUGAUUAAUUCUGGAACAUGUGUGGAGAGUAAGCAGGAGUUAGUUCCAUAUCAGAGUGACAUAACAGCUGAUGAACAACAACAACCUUCACCAGAUUCAAGAGCUAUAGUUCCAGUUCCACCAUUGGAACCGGAGGCUCUUGCAAUCGUCCCACUUAACGAGAAACCUAAGCGUACAGAGCUUUCACAGCGUAGAACCAGGAGACCAUUCUCUGUGUCUGAGGUAGAAGCUCUAGUGCAUGCAGUUGAGGAGCUUGGGACUGGAAGAUGGCGUGAUGUGAAACUGCGUUCUUUUGAUGAUGCAAGUCAUCGAACCUACGUGGACUUGAAGGAUAAGUGGAAAACUCUUGUUCACACGGCGAGUAUAUCACCGCAGCAGAGAAGAGGACAACCAGUGCCUCAAGAACUGCUAGAUAGAGUUUUGGCAGCACAUAGGUAUUGGUCACAGCACCAAGUGAAACAGAACGGGAAACAUCAAGCGGCUGCAAUGAUGGUGGUUGAAUCAGGUUUGUCUAUGUAAAGGAUGGGAGAAAGGUAAAUUACAAUAACUUUCACUUGAAAACUAAGGAAGCAAUGUGGGGGUAGCUGUACAAAAAGCAAAACAACAGAAGCAUAGUUUGAUUCUUUUAUCCAACUUGAGAUUUUUAAUCAUAGAUGGCAGAAACAAGUACUUUCUGUUACUUGUAAGUUACAUUUGUUCAUUUCAGUUUCUAAUUGAUUUGAUUCUGUAAUAUGGCAUUGGUGGUAGGUCCUUGAAUACAUUCUUUUAUUUUUUUUGUAAUUUUAGACAAAUUAUUUUUUAUUUGAUGAACAUCAUUCAAUCCA